AUGCUCGCGGUGCCGCCCGCGGUGCUCGCGGCGGCGCUGGCGAUCGCGCCGACGCCGCGCGCGCGCGCCGAGGGGAAGCAAGAUCGAGGGUGCGAGACGUGCAGCGAUUCGAACUCGGCGAUGAACGACGGCGACAAGGUGUUCGUCGUCUCGGCGAGCGGGCUGAGGUACUUGGACCUGAAGGUGGGCGACGGCGCGGAGGCGGCGCCGGGAAAACGAGCGGUGAUCGAUUGGGUCGGGUACACGGCUGGAUAUCAGGCGAAGAAGAUCGAGUCGACGAGGGAGACGGACGAACCGUUCGUGUUCACGAUCGGAGGCGGUGAGGCGAUUCCUGGGUUUGAAGAAGCCGUCGCGGGGAUGAAAGUCGGAGGCGUUCGAAGAAUUGAAAUUCCGGGCGAGUUGGAGGAAAAACUCGGAUAUUCGCGCGAUAAGGCGCUGAGAUAUAACGUCGGCCCGAAGCCGACGUCUUUCGGAGGUCAGCGCACGUUGGAUUUUGUUUUAGACAAUCAAACGUUGCGAGACUUUAACCGCACGCUGUUGUUUGAUAUUCGUCUCUCCGCGUUGCGGUGA